CCCUGUCAAAACAAAUGGCCGCACGGAGUCGGGCUCUCGCUCCAGGACAAUCGGAUUUCGAGGCUUGGAAUUUUGUCCCGGAGCAGAACGCGUUGUUGUCGAGUCAAUGUAACCAUGUGCUCGCACAUCAGGCGUGAGGCGGCCACUUGAGAUGGAGAGGGGCGGUGCUGUCGGUAAAGGCAAAGGCUACGAGGCCUCGGAGCGCUGCAACACCAGCCAUCCCGGCGAACUUCUGCUGGACGAAUACUUGAAAAACCAGGGUCUGUAUCGGAAAAGAAUUGCGAAGGAUGGAUCUUGUCUCUUCAGAGCUGUUUCUGAACAGGUUUUCCACACACAGUCUAAACACCUUGAAGUGAGAAGAGCUUGUGUUUCUUACCUGAGGAGGAACAGAGAUAAGUUUGAAGCGUUCAUCGAAGGAUCAUUUGAUGAAUAUUUAAAGCAUCUUGAAAAGCCGCAGGAAUGGGUUGGACAAGUGGAAAUCAGUGCUCUUUCACUCAUGUACAAACGAGAUUUUAUAAUUUACCAGGAACCAAAUAGACCUCCUGCUCAUGUAACUGAAAAUGGAUUCCCUGACACGAUCUUGUUGUGCUUUUCAAAUGGAAAUCAUUAUGACAGUGUCUACCCAGGGACAUUUGUGGAUGCUGCAGCCUUUUGCCAAUCCAUUCUGUAUGAAAUGCUUUACCAGAAUGUAUUCAAGGUUGAUGUUGCUGCAAUAAUGCCUGCAAUGCUGGAUGCAAACAGCGAAGUAAAUGAGGAACACCUCAAUGCCAGUGAAGAUUCCAAUUCUGAUACAGAAAUAGUAAUGUUUGGGGGCAAAACUGCUAAUGAGGGUGACAUGAAUGGAUUCAAGCUCCAGUCAUGUAAUAAAGCCCAGAAGAAACAGCAAAUGAAAAGUGAAAGCUCUGCUCACAUCACCUUUCCUAGAAAGGUCCUCCAAGCACUCAAUCCAAAUGUUUACAGAAAUAUUGAGUAUGAAGUUUGGCUGAAAUCAGAACAAGCUCAGCAGAAGAGAGAUUAUUCUAUUGCUGCUGGAAUGCAGUACACUGUUGGGGACAAAUGUAAGGUAUGCCUGGAUAAUGGUAAGUGCUACAAUGCACAUAUUCAGGCAGUCAAUCCUGAUAAUGGACCUGUUGUUGUCUACAUAGAACAGCUAGGAGAAAAACACAGUGUCCCUCUUCAGAACCUUAGGCCACUUACACAGGUGUCUCGGGGCGCAACCUGGAACAGAGUUCAAGGGAAAAGAACUAAGAAGCUAAUGAGCGUUAACUCUGAAGCUGACUUCAAGGGAGUGAAGAAUUCAAGCAACUUUGUAAAUAAACCAAGCCGAUUGCAGUCGAGCCUGCCGCCACGCCUGCAGCAAACAAUGGGAACCAGGCAGCAGAGCUCUACACAGCAGACCCCAGGUCAACAACCCAAGAAAUCAUCGACUGAGUAUGUAGGACGAGAUGAAGAUUUUCCACAACUCUCAAAAAAAUAUGAUCGAGGCUUGGAACCUGACUACACAAACGUAGAAUGUAAACAUUUUGCUCCUUCAGUAAAGGCUGAACUGGAGACCGAUGAGGUACAAGCACCACCCAAAAUGCACCUGAGAGUUGAGCAAUCCAUUCCAGUGCUCCAUAAUCCAUUGGAGAUGCCCGCUUACACUGCAACCCAAAGAAUGGAUCCUGUCCUUCAAUCAGAUCUGAGGAUGUCACAUCUUCCUUCCUCAGCAACAUCAUUGACUCCACCGGUGCUUUCAGUACAUCCACCUGAGUCAGUCACUUGUCAAUCAGCAGAGAGUUUGCCACAGACGGUCAUCCCACCUGUAUCUCUAUCACCUUCAGUGAUGUCCAGUCCAGCCGUGUCACAGGCUCAAGUGACCUCAGCAUUUAUUACUCCACUUUGUGCUCCUAUGCAUGGCGCUAAUCUGCCACCGAUGCCUGCACUUCAGAUUCCAAACUCCUAUGAUGAUCUUUUGUACCCUGGGUUUGCUGUGAAUGAAAAGGGAGAGUACCUCACCAGCGCACCUGUGUAUUCAUACAACAAAAAUGGAGCUGAUCUUCCGAAUGAUAAAAGCAUCCUACGCUUUUUCUACAACCUUGGUGUUAAGGCUUACAGUUUGCCAUUGUGGGCACCAUAUUCGUAUCUGUAUCCGUUGAACCAGGCUUAUUUGAAAAGUUGUGGGAUCUAUCCAAGGGGUCCUGCUCCGGUAUUUCACCCAAAUCCUUGGUUCCAUGUGACUGCUGGACUAAUGCAUAAUGAGAAUGUUACGAUCCCACCACACAUGUCCAAUCCUCCAGAGACCAAUGCUCCUGGUCAGUCAGUGCAAAGAGAUGUCAAUGAUGAUGGUGGCCAUGCACCACUACCACAGGCAACUACACCACUCCUGCCUCACAAAAAUGAAUCUGUCCUAGAGGCACCAACUCCUGAACAACUGCCUCAAAACUUUAAUCCGCUUUUCGCACGGUAUUUUCCUAACUUUAUUUCAGAUGGAACCCAGCAUUCUGGCUGGAGAGCACCUAUACCACAGGCAUUAUUUAGCCAGAAUACACAAAUGCACGCUUUUAGUUUUCAUCCGAUGUACAUGGCUCUACCGAAUCAUGUAUUUCCAUUGCAGGUAAAUAGUGGGAGCUCUGCUUGUCAAAAUGACCAGAAGGUUGGUGCACCAGAUGUGUGUGAACAGGUGUCAGGCAACUCUCAGAGUGAUGAAAUAGGAGAGAUGGGGAGACAGCCAGAAGUAUUCACCAGUGCUGGAGAGGGCAGGCUGUCGAAGGCUCAGCCUGGUAGUUUCAAAAAUUCUCAAUUAUCGGUAAAACCUGGUGGUGGAAUUGGAAACAAAUGCCCCUUUGGUGAGGAGCAAUCAACUGCUAAUCCUCAUGAAGGAUGUGCAAAGCAGCACUCUUCCCUUAGAAAGGAGAAAGAAUCAUUACUGAUAGAUAAGCUAAAUCCAGCAUCUGGCACUGGGCUUGCUGGUGUGGAUGCAGCGUAUAUCGAGCCCCAAAAGCUUGCAGGAGUUGAUGCAAGUCAUUCAGAAUUUGCUAGCCAGCCCUUUGAAGCAAAAUCCAGAAGUGAUUUAAUUUUGCAGUGUGUUGGUGAAUCAAAAGUUGAUACCAUGGCACAUGCUGUAGAAGUCACCUUCAUGGAUCAGACCUCUGAGAAUAAUUACAAAAUGUCUGCCAUAUUAAGCAACAGCAAACCUGUGCAGUUUUAUGGUCAGACUUUGGGAAAGGAGAGACACUACAUAAAGGAAGAUAGUUCUUCAGAAAGGACUGUAUAUCGACGUUCCCCCUAUGUCCGUAAGAAGGGAGAAAGAGAAAUCAGCAGGAAAAAAUGGCAAGGGAAACCUUUGUCAUCAAAAAGCCCAUGUUGCCUAUCUGACAGCCAUGUUGACAGUAGGGGCACAGCAGCUGACACAAAAAGAGCGAGCAAGUCACCAACUAAAGACAGCAGUGUUCAGGGUGUAAACAGUGUUGCACAGGUUUCUGAAACGCCUGUAGGUCUUGGUGCUGACAGGCAUGAAAGCAAAAAUGAAAAUAUACAGGAAAAGGUGAAAAACCAAAGGUUUUGUAUGAGUCAGAAUAGACUGGAUGAAGAACCUGGUCCUGGCAACAGGAGAGAUCAUGAUGCAAAAGAAUUUCAGAAUCGGGUAGUUGUGGAAAAUGCCAGUGGAGUGUUGUGUGAAGGGAAACGCAAUAGUUUUAAAAAACAGAGAUAUAGAGAGGGUGGGAAACCUAAUCCUGGUGCAAGAAAAUGGUAACUGAGCAAAUUGUAGUAAACAUUGACACUGGGAGAACUAGAAAUAGAACCAGUACAUUUAAACAUAUGUUACAGCUAUUUUUACAAGAAUUUAAACAUUGUUGCCCCCUUUUAUGCAACAAUCAUAGAAUUGAUAGAAUCUUACAGCACAGAAAGAGACCUUUUGGCUCAUUGUACCUCUGCUCUUUGAAAGAGCUAUCCAUUUAGUGCUGUACCAUGCCUUUUCCUCAUAACUCUGUAAGUUAGUCCUCUUCAGGUAUAUGUCCAAUUACCUUUUUGAAAGCUCCUGUGGAAUCCGCUUUCAUCAACCUUUCAGAUAUUAUGUUCUAGAUAUUAGCUUAUUGUAUGAAAAAAAAUCCCCUCCAAUUCUUUGCCAAUUAUUUUAAAUCUAUGAUCCCUGGUUACUGACCCACUUGCUGGAGAAAACAGUUUCUCCCUACUUCCGCUAUCAAACCCCCCUCAUAGUUUUGAAUACCUCUAUUAGGUCUCCCAUUAUUGGAGAGCAGCGACGAGUGAGGUCCCACUGGAAUCUAUGUUGAUGCUUCAACUAUUUACUUUAUUUAUUAAUAACUUAGUUUACACAAGAGGGCCAUAUAUCCGAGUUUACCGAUGAUAAACGUGAUUCAGUAGCUAAUAAUGAUGAAAGCAUAAAAUUACAAAGAGACAUUGAUAGUUUAUGCAAGAUGUUGAAAUGUGGUAGAUGGCUUAUAACCCAGUUAAAUGUGAAGUUAUCCAUUUUGGCCCAUAAAAGGGUAGAUCAGGAUAUUAUUUAAAAGGUGAAAAACUGGGAAUAGGUCCAAAGAAAUUAUUAGGGGUCCACACACACAUCACUAAAAUAUCAUCAAGUACAAAAAAUAAUCAGAGACUAAUGGAAUGUUAGAGGGCUAGAAUAUAAAGGGGAGGAAGAUUUAUUACAGCUGUACAAAGCGCUGGUUAGAUCAUAUUUAGAGGACGGCAUAUAAUUCUGGACAGUGCACCUUAGGAUAUAUUGGUUUUGGGAGGAGUGCAGCCAAGAUUCACCAGAAUGUUACCAGGGCUCCAAAGAUUAGAUGUAUGAGGAGAGAUUACAUUAACCUGUUAUGUGGUGCUUAACGUCUUGAACGUAGUGUGGAGGAUGGGCUGCUGAACUGGGGGAAAGAUUCGAGGUGUCUGGGGUGGGGGAGAGGUGGAUUGCAGGUCAGAGGCUUUAGUGGGGAUGUAGCAAGGGGACAGAGGCCUUGUGGUGGUGGGGGAGAUCAGAGCCUGGUGAUCAGGGGUACAAUUGUGGGCCUCGUGGAGACUUCUGGGGUGGCGGGGAAGGUCCAUGGAAUUGGGUGGUGGGGGGUGUGGCCUGAUUGUGGAGGCUCUUGGAUUCAGAAGGUAGGCACUUACCUUCUGAAUCCAACUAGUCCUCACCAAAUUCGAGAAUGUAGCUGACAGCUUCAUUAACUUAUUUAAAGAUCCAGUCCACCUCAGGUCCCCGUUGGGAGGCCCUCUAUGGAGGUGUCCUCCCGCUUUCCAUCGGGGACCUCGAGUGGAAAGUGUUGCACGCAGCAGUCCCUUACAACCGAAGAAUGGGUAGGUUCGUGGACUCCCAGGAUACCUACCCUUUUUGUGGUCUUGUGGAGUCCGUGGACCAUGCUUAUAUAGGGUGUGGUAAGCUGCACUCCCUUUUCAGUUAUUUAAAAAACCUCUUUGGAGCAGGUUAGCUGAUUAUCUAAUUUCUGACCUCAGGUUGGUGGUGGGUUUGGGCUGGGAGAUAGGUUUUUUUUAGAUAUGUACCCUCUCUCGCCCAAUUGCCCUAGACAUACCCUUUUUAGGUUAAAAUUCAGUCUGAUUUUCCUUUAACAAAUCUCUGCUGCUUGCCCCAUGCUUCUCCAAAUAAGAAUUAUUUUUGCCCUGGGCAGUUUCUAGUAUCCCCACCACUAGUGUUUGGCUGUAAUUCCCAGGUUUAUUCCUGUCCCUUUUUUAGAGCAGGUGUCUAACAUACGUAAUCCUCCAGUUCCGUGGCACAGAUCUAUUUAUAUCCUAUCCAAUAUCUCUACUCCCCCCCUCCUCUACUGCAACAUUAACUUCAUGCUCAUCGUUUGAGUACAGGUGCAAAGUAUUCAUUCAGUACUUCAGUCAUGUGCCACAAGAAUAUUUCCUUUUUUGUUCCUUAUUGGCCCUACCACCCCUUUAGCUAUGCUUUUCCUUUUUGCAUGUUGAUAAUACACUUUUGGGUUCCUCUUUAUGUCACCCACUAAUCUUUUAUCAUAUUCUCUUGUCCUUCUUCAUGUCCUUUAUCAAUACCCCCUGCACAGUCUGUAUUCUGCCUGGUUUUCAUUUGUAUUCUGUGCCUGACAUUCGUCAUAAACCUCUUUUCAGUUUCAUUUUAACCUCUUUUUCUUUUGCCCCAUCCCCUUGCUGGUUGUACUGAGCUACCUCUGCCUUUAAAGCCUGCGACUGCUUACUUAAUGUUUUCCUGGCUAAUCUUUGUUUCCAGCACAACACAUGUUACAUUAUCAGAGGUAUUACUAUUAAAUAGAUAGAAUUUCCUAAAUAAUGAUAUCAACAGGAAAAUAACUUGGUAGUUCAGUGUUAUCUGGAAAGAAAAACAGAUGAGGCAAAAACUCGGGCUGAUUUGAGAGUACAGGUAUCUCAUUGCAUUUUUUAAAGUAGAUCAAAAGACAUAAUAGGUAAAGGUUAUAGUGAGACCUGUAGGUGCCACAAUGAUGGAUCUCUUUCUUUAUCAUCCCAACAAUCUUUUGCAGGGUUGUUUUACAAGUCUGGAUAAAUACUUGAGGGAAGAAACAGUUGCAAGUCGUCAAAACUAAAAAUAUGAGAUUUGUCAUUUAAGUUAAUCUAGAAACCUUUUUCUUAUGUAUUAGAGGGCAGUGUCAUUUUAGAUGAUAUUAAGUCCACACUCUGUGUAAACCUGAAAGAACGUGAUACAGUUGAGAUACUGUAGGGCUUUAUUCAAAGACAGGAGGGUGGGAAAUGGGGAAUUAGGCCUGGGUAGUUUCCAUAUUUAAAUUAACAAUUUAGUUUAAUUCAGAUAUAAAUUAGUUGGCUUGUUUACAGAGCCGUUACAGGCAUCAUGGUCUGAAUGCCGUCGUUGUGUGCAGUAUGAUUCUGUGAUUCCAACUGUAUCUACACUUGCUCAGUCAAUAAUAGGUGCCAUACCUGUCCCAUGUAAUUGUAACUGUGGUUGUCUGGGAGCUCACCUAGUGCUCUGCACAAAAUUGAUUCCCUGAUCUAUCCCUUUAUUCCCUAUUUCCUACCGCCACACACACACACCCCCGCUCCUCCCCCACACAUACACACACCCCGUCACUCCAUUGAAGAAAACCUGUUUUUCAUGAAAUCCUGAAUUUCUGAAUUAAGUUCAAAUCCUUCCUUGAGUGACAACUUAAAGCUGAUAUGCAACAUCAUUCUUGUCCAGCUGCCACAGCUAUGAUAUUAAAUUGACUCUAAAAGUUGAAUCAAUUCUAAAAAUGAAUCCAGUGGCACCCAGAAAACUGAUCAAAUUCAGUACUGUUUGGCCAGGAAUAAACUUCACCUUGAUAGGAAGCCAAAGAAGAAUACUUCUCAAAAUUAUUUUUCAAAAUUAGAUAUUUAAGGGCACAAUUUAAUAAGGUGAUGUAGUGUUUGGAAAAUUUACACAAUGGAAUAACUUACAAUUAUUUUCACAUUAACAUGCAAAGUACAGCUACCCAUAAAAGGCAAAAUAUUCAGUUGUAAUCAAUUCUGUGGUCAGUUGUAGUAUUAGACAAUUUCAAAAUUACUUCUGGUCGUGGUAUUAACUUUCAUAAUUGCAGUGUACACAUUAGGGCUAGGCAUAGAUGUGACAAUCUGUUUAGGCAGUUGAUUUUCAUUAAGCUGUUAAUGUGAAGAAUGAUAAAGAUAAUUUAUUGUGGGAUUUAGAGUUCAGUCAUGUGACCAUUGACCAGUCAAAAUCUGGACCCAAGUUUGUUAUUGCUAAUAGCUUUUGACAUUCCAAAGUUUUGUCUGGCAAAAUAGUUAUAUGAUUAACAUAAAUUGGGAGAAAAUUCUUCUUUCACAUUAAUUUAGAAAUAGUUAACAUCUGAUAGCUGAAAAAAAUCAUAUAGAAUUGUCCUUUAAAAGAGAUUUGCACUGUGCACAACACACGGGGUUCAGGUGAUCUUUGUCUUGUGUCUGUUCUUUUGAAUCUAAGGUCUCAUUUUGAAUGACAACCUUGUUUCUUUUCUCCUGUUGAAAGCAACAAUCUUGAUUUCUGCACCUCAAAGUUAAUUUAGUGUGUUUUGUAUUUCUUUCUAAUAAUCAGUGAGGUUUUGUGAUAGCAGUUGUCAAAAUAGUUCUGUAAAACUUAUCCAACGUUUCACUUUUUGCUUGGUUGUCUCUGCCACUUUCCUUAAGUACUUUUGUGCCUUUGCAUUAGGCUGCAUAGACCUACCUCAGCUAACUUUGGUACUGGUUAGCUCAUGCUCAUUCUCUGGUUUAGUAUUUACAUUGAAUGUUGCAUUUUUCUCCAGUGACUAAUGCUCAUGAGGUAUGUUGAUCUGUAAGCAGUUUACAUAAUUUUAUCACUGCUCUGAUCUAACAGCCCAUGAUAAGUGCUUUUGUGCUGCAGUACUCCAAUCAAACUUGAAUAUAUACCUCCCAAAGUCUUACUGGCAGUUGCUUUAGUACUUUGAUUAUAUUCCUCUAUGCACAAAGCUUAAACGAAUGAGGAAAGAACAUUAGAAUAACUUUUUUUAUAGAUAUCUAAUCAAUUAGCAGUUCAACCUCCAUGUAUUAAACUUCUUAUCCUAGUCUUUGUUUCUCUUUCUGGUGUGUUGUUGCUCGGAACUCUUUUUGGUUUGUUUAAAGGCUGUUGUUUUACAAAUAAUAUCGAUGCUGCUGUUUCUGCUCAGAUCUAAAAGUGUUAGGAACAGAUCAUGUGUACAGUACAGUGGAGAGAAAUCAACUGAUCAAAGCAGCAGUGCAAUGAUUUAAAAGGGUAGAUCCAACAUUGAACUUGGAAGACAAUAUCUAUGUUAGUUAAAUUGAUCAUUUUGUGCAUAGCACAUGGAGCACCCGCUGUGUGUUCCUGUGAAGUACUCUUGCUGUUGAACCUCAAGCUUUUCAGAAACUGCAAAAACAUUUUUGUGUGACAUUUUAUUUAAGUGGGUGGUAAAUAUUUCAUCACAAUCCUGACUUGAGUUGUGUAGUUGAUGGGGAGACUUUGAGGUCUUGGGAGAUGAGCCAUUUGUCACAGAUUUCUCCACCUGUGUUGUUUUUGUAGCCACAGUGUGGAUACAGGUUCAGUGAAACCUUGGGCCACUGGAUUCCUGUAAUGGUGGUAGCAUUUAAGAUCUGGGAGAGAUAGUUGGGCUUCAUCAGCAAAAACAACAUUAUUAACUCAAAGAUAUAUUUGGCUAAUAAUGCAAGUGAAUAUUUUCAAAUUCAAACCAGAUUGUAAAGCAAACUUUUGCUGAUGAGCUGUUUCAAAUUACAGAGCCUUGAAUGUUAUGAUAAUCUGCUGCUCUAUUGUUGGCUGCAAUACCUUGCAUUGGUGGACUAAGCACACCUAUUUUUGCCCAGAGAUGGGCCUUAUUUGUUUUCUUUUGGCAUACAUGUAUAAACAAUUUGACUGCAGCUUUUUGACUUUGACUCCUGCCUGACCUGUAUACUUUCGUAAGAUACUAUGGAUUUCCAAAUUAUAACCAAAGAAGUCAAUAAAACAGAAAGAGGCCAUUAGAACUAUUGUAUCUGUAUCUUUGCUAUAGUGAACUGGAACUAUUCAACUACCCCAUACUCUUCCAUAGCUCUGCAUAAUCUUCCAAUAGAAAUUGCAAUACCUUUACUGGCUUGUAAUUUAAGUUCUCUAAUAUUCCUUAUCCAAGUGACUGUGCCUUGAUCCAGCCCAUUCUCAAUAUUUCAGCUUUAAAUUUAUAAAAAUUGCUCCCUUUGUGGCAUUUUUCAGUGUAGCUCAGAAUUUUUUUUUAAAAAUUACUAUUUGCAACAAUAACUUACUUAAAUAGCACCUUUACUAUAGUAAACAUCCCAAGGCACUUCACAGAGUAUAACUUGACACAGCCACAUAAGAUGAUAUUAGGGCAGAUGACCAAAAGCUUGGUCAAAGUGAUAGGUUUUAUGGAGCAUCUUGAAGGAGGAAAGAAGUAGGGAGGUGGAGAAGUUUAGGGAGGGAGUUCCAGGACUUAAGGCCUUGGCAUUUGAAGGCACAAUCCCCAGUAAUUGAGCAAUGAUAAUCAAGAGAUGCUCAAGAGACCAGAAUUGGAGGAGCACACGUAUCUCAGCAGGUUGUAGGGCUGGAGGAGAUUACAGAAAUAGAGAGGGGCAAAGCAUAAGAGGGAUUUGAAAAUAAGGGUGAGAAUUUCAAAACUGAGGUGUUGCUUAGAAGUCAAUAUAAGUGGGCACAUCACAAAUGUGGAUAUCAGUGUAUCCAGUUUACAAUGAAUGUUGGAACCUUUUUACAGAAUGGCGACUGAAAAAAUUGAAUUGUUAAUUUGCUAACUUUGUUACAUAUCUUUACAGGGAUUAUAUAUUGCACUGACACUUGUUAACAUGAUCAGGAAAACAUUAUUCACAAUAUAAUGGUAUUUGAGACUAUAGGUGUAUUUUAAUUAUGAUUAUGCAAUAAGACUUAUUACUGGAACAUUAGUGCCCAAAUUAGAUGUCUUAAAUCAUUUCGCACACAAUAGCACAUUUAAGUGGAAGAGUGUGUGUGUGUCUACAUUCAUGAUUUAUUUCUGUUUUGUUAGAGUUAUCAACGAAAACACUUGAAAAUAUAUUGUUGAGAGAUGCUUUGUAAUAGUAGCGAAGUUACUUGAGAUCAAUUAGUUCUUAUUUUAUAUUGGAUUGUUUGUUUACUUUUGAGGAUGUGGUGUUAAUUGCAUUGUGCCUGUUUUGCAUUGUACAUGUUUUACUGUGUAAUGCAUAAAGGGAUGCAACGUAACCUGAGCUAGACUGAACCUUAACGGGGUUUAUUUUAUUGUAAUGUAAACUUGAACUAUAUUUUGUAUCUUUUUCUAUUUUUCAAUGUGCAGUGCUCAUUAGUUGUGGAAAUACGCUUCAUUAUUUUGUACUUUUAUUUUGAAGUGCUUGUGAGCAAAACAUUAAAAACUGGUGCCUUGCAUAUCAAAUAAAAAAAGAACUGGUGUCUUGGA